AAAAAAUUAAGACGAAAAACAGGUCAAACGGCUACCCUCCACGCCCUUCCCCCAAAUCCCGAAGGAUUCUCCCAUUUUCUUAGGACUUCCUCGCCUCCGCUGUUCCUCCCAUAAUCUCUUCGUUCCUCAGCUCUUCUCUUGUUUUCGACAUCCAAUGUUUGAUGUUUGUUGUACGCUACGCUAUUCGUAUUUGGCUGCUCGAGCAGUAUGAACCAAUCUAGUGCGACUUUGUCCAAAUUUCUCUCUCGCUAUUUUCCCCUCGGGUGACGAAAGGUUCAAGCAGCUCUUCGAUUCGAUGUUCUUGCACAAGCCCUGACAUUUUCUUGGGUUUUGUAAGAAGCUAGGAUCGAUAGAGAUGCACCUAGCUCCCAGCUCCGAUAUUUUUGCAGUCUCUACGGCGCUUAGGAAUCAAGAAACCCCAAAUCUGUUCUUGCACAUACAGCGCCAAGCUCCAGAUUCAGCUUGGAGCAAUUCGAGGAGAGAGAACGUAGAUUCCAAGCUUUAGCGUGCGAUCUCGAAGCGCCCGUUGAAGAUCUCGCGGGAGAGCAUCCGAGAGAAAUGUCGCCUCGGCCGCCCGCCGACGAUCUCCCCGAGGACAAGGGGGGCAGCAAAGAGGACGCCAGUGUCUUCAUCGAUGACGCCCGGGGGCCGCCGCCGCCGGCGCAGGGCGGGGCCGGCUGGACGCCGUCCCCGGUGGCGUGGUUCCGGAUGCUGGUCAAGGAGCUGCACUGGAGCUUCGUGCUCGGCGUGGUGGCGACGUACGGCGUCAGCCAGGGGCUCGGGGGCGGCAUCACGCGCGUCGCGUCGGACUACUACUGGAAGGACGUGCAGAAGGUGCAGCCGUCGGCGGCGCAGGUGUACCAUGGCGUCACGUCCAUCCCGUGGUUGAUCAAGCCGCUAUGGGGCCUGCUCACCGACGUGCUCCCUGUUGCCGGCUACCGGCGCCGGCCGUACUUUGUCCUUGCAGGCAUAAUGGGAGUGAUUGCGAUGCUUAUAGUAUCUCUUCACAGCAAGCUUCAUGUAUUUUUCGCAUUGUUGGCAUUGAUGUCUGGGAGUGCAAGUGUAGCAAUAGCUGAUGUAACUAUCGAUGCCUGUGUGGCUGAAAACAGUCUAAUUCACCCUCAUCUUGCUGCUGACAUGAUAAGCUUAAAUGGAUUCUGUGCAUCUGUUGGAGGUCUUAUUGGAUUCUCAAUAAGUGGUUUUCUUGUACAUGCAAUUGGAUCUCAAGGAGCCCUUGGCAUGUUAACUAUACCUUCUGCAUUGGUAAUUUUAGCUGGGAUGCUGCUAAAGGAUGUCCAUAUCCCUAACUUUCCAUACAAGCAGGCUCAUAUGAAGUUUGUAGAAGCCAGUGGAAAAAUGUUAACGACCUUAAGAUGCCCUGAAGUAUGGCGGCCAUGUUUUUACAUGUACAUGUCUCUUGCUCUGAGUGUGGACAUUCAAGAAGGAAUGUUCUACUGGUACACAGAUCCAACCGCAGGGCCAUCUUUUUCCGAGGGAUUCAUUGGGUUUAUCUUUGCAAUUGGGUCAGUGGGAUCUCUUGUUGGAGUUAUACUUUAUCAAAAUAUUCUCAAGGACUAUUCUUUUCGCAGCCUUCUUUUUUCAAGUCAAUUACUACUAAGCCUGUCGGGAAUGCUUGAUCUGAUCUUGGUACUUCGUCUAAAUCUAAAAUUUGGCAUACCUGAUUACUACUUCGCGGUGAUUGAUGAGGGGGUCGCCAAAAUGAUCAACCGACUCAAAUGGAUGCCUCUUUUGGUGCUAAGCUCAAAACUUUGCCCACCUGGCAUCGAGGGCACAUUCUUCGCGCUGCUCAUGUCCAUUGACAAUAUUGGCCUGCUAUCAGGAUCGUGGGCUGGUGGGUUGCUCCUUCAUCUGUUGAAAAUCACAAGAACAGAAUUCAAAAACCUCUGGGCUGCGAUUCUAAUUCGAAAUGUGCUGAGGCUACUACCAUUGGCACUGUUGUUCUUGGUGCCGAGAAGUGACCCGAAUUCUAUCCUCCUGCCAGCUGAUUUGCUGACUGAGGAUGAUGAAGCUGGAGCUCGCCAAGUAGCGACUGUUGAGUUAGCUUCUCUUACCGUGGACGCGAAUCGCACUAAUGGUUCGCUCCAAGAGUCCAAGAAUCAGGAGCAUCUUGAUGUAGAACGUGAAGACGAUGAGGCUUCACUACUUGCCAACAGGAGUUGAUGAAUCGCAUACACGGAUUAUUAAUUUUUUUCUCCUCCAUUACACAAACAAAUACGGAGUAGUUAAAAGGAUUGGAAAAUCACAUCACGUUGUUUGUUCAUGUUGUUGUAUUCAUUCGUUUUACAGCAGGGUAGUAAAUCUUUGAAUGUUAGAUACAGAUAACUCCCUCUUUAUAUAUCUUUUUUUGGCUAAGUCCUGGAACUGUAUGAUAUUAUGAGCU